AUGCAACGCCACCACAGACAGUGCUUCACACAGACAGGUUUGCUACAACGCAACCAGAAUAGCCAUCUUGGAUCACUGUCAGAUAUGGGUACUUCUACACCAAAAGCUGCAGCUCCCCCGACACGAUACCAACGUACGCAUAACGUUGGCCAGCUGCAUAAGCCAUUCAAAUGCCCAGGAUCGGCUUCCCAUGUGGCAGCGACAGAAAGACCUUCGCGAAAACGGAAGCGAGUCGACUACAGAGGCUCUGAUGCAAAUGCUGAUGAUGACAAACCGUAUACCAACGAGGCCCGACUGGCACUGGCAACGCGGGAUGCCAAUCGAUUCCCGGUAUUCCAAGCCAAAGAUAAAACAACGAUGUUUCGCAAGGCCUUUUCCGUUCCUAUGAAGGAUAAAUCUGGCGCCCACUACAGCCCAAGCAGACCUCCGCCGACUCUGGGUCUGAGACGAGGAGCUGUAUUUGUCGCCAAGCCUUUGCAUGACCCAAGCGGAGAGUUCGCGAUUGUGCUCUACGACCCUACUAUUGAUGACAAACCGAAAACCACUGAACAACCCGCCCCGGUGCCUGAUAGCAAAGAGCCCGAAAAUUCACAAACACUUGACUCUCCCCUUGUACACAAAAGCUUGGCCGAGAUCUUAGGAAUCAAGAAAAACGUCGAAAAGGAACAUCCGCGUGUCCCAGUCGUCAUUGACCCCAAAUUGACCAAAAUUUUGCGUCCUCAUCAAGUUGAGGGUGUCAAAUUCAUGUAUCGCUGUGUUGCUGGCCUCAUAGAUGAAAAGGCGAACGGGUGCAUCAUGGCAGAUGAGAUGGGCCUUGGAAAGACUUUGCAAUGCAUUACACUUUUAUGGACAUUGCUAAAGCAAUCACCAGAUGCCGGGAAGCCAACCAUACAAAAAGCUAUUGUCGUCUGCCCUGCAAGCUUGGUGAAAAACUGGGCCAACGAAUUGACAAAGUGGCUCGGUGCUAAUGCCAUCACUCCUUUUGCAAUCGACGGGAAAGCCUCCAAGGAGGAAUUGACGCGCCAACUCCGACAGUGGGCUAUAGCAUCCGGGAGGUCGGUCACACGGCCUGUUAUUAUUGUAUCAUACGAAACAUUGCGGCUGAAUGUGGAAGAACUCAAGCAUACGAAAAUCGGUCUGCUUUUCUGUGACGAGGGCCACCGCCUUAAGAACGGAGAUAGCAACACAUUCAGCGCGCUGAAUAAUUUGAAUGUAUCAAGACGUGUCAUCUUAACAGGUACCCCUAUCCAGAACGACCUAACAGAGUACUUUUCUUUGACAAGUUUUGCGAAUCCGGAUCUACUCGGCUCUCGACUUGAGUUCCGAAAACGCUUCGAAAUCCCUAUCCUCAGGGGCCGUGACGCAGAUGCUUCGGAACAAGACAAAAAGCGUGGCGAUACUUGUACGUCGGAGUUGCUUGGAAUUGUCAAUAAGUUCCUCAUCCGCAGAACAAACGAUAUUCUGUCCAAGUAUUUGCCUGUCAAGUACGAGCACGUUGUCUUUUGCAACCUUGCACCAUUUCAGCUCGAUCUUUACAACUAUUUCAUCACCAGUCCUGACAUACAAGCUUUGCUGCGAGGGAAGGGGAGCCAGCCCUUGAAGGCAAUCAACAUCCUCAAAAAACUUUGCAAUCACCCGGAUCUUCUCAAUCUAGGUGAAGAUUUGCCGGGCUCUGAAGAUCGCUUUCCUGAGGAUUAUGUUCCGAAAGAAGCUCGUGGGCGAGACCGCGAUAUCAAGCCGUGGUACUCCGGGAAAAUGCAGGUUUUAGCUCGCAUGCUGGCUCGCAUUCGUCAAGAUACAAAUGACAAAAUCGUUCUAAUCAGCAACUAUACAUCGACACUAGAUUUGUUCGAAAAACUCUGUCGAUCACGCCAAUACGGAUGCCUACGCCUUGAUGGCACGAUGAACGUUAAUAAGCGUCAAAAGCUUGUGGACCGUUUUAAUGACCCCGACGGCGAUGAGUUUGUGUUUCUGCUGAGCAGCAAGGCGGGCGGCUGUGGCAUUAACCUGAUCGGUGCAAAUCGACUUAUUCUCUUCGAUCCGGACUGGAACCCGGCCGCCGAUCAACAGGCUCUAGCACGUGUGUGGCGUGACGGUCAGAAGAAGGACUGCUUCGUCUAUCGGUUCAUCGCUACUGGUACGAUUGAGGAAAAAAUCUUCCAGCGCCAGUCGCACAAACAAAGCCUUUCGUCAUGCGUGGUAGACUCUGCAGAAGACGUUGAGCGCCAUUUCUCUCUCGAUAGCCUCAGAGAACUCUUUCAGUACCGAUCUGACACAAGAAGCGAUACGCACGACACAUUCAAAUGCAAACGAUGCCGGCCAGACGGCAAUCAAUACAUCAAAGCUCCGGCACUCUUGUACGGCGAUACAAGCACAUGGAAUCAUUUCACCAAUGAUGGUUUGAAGCCUAUUCAAGAUCUGUUGCUGAGACAGGAGCACGGGGAACGUGACGUGUCUGCUGUGUUCCAGUAUAUAUCUCACUAG